GCCUCAGGACAGUUACAAAUCAACGCCAGCGCAAGCUCUUUACCAUCCAUGAACCGAGCCUUCGUUAUAGUAACAUUCCUAAUUUUUGCUUCCCUGAUCCUUAUCAAAACACAGACGGAACAUCAGCUGGAGCUGGGGCCCAUUGCCAAACACCAGUGUACACAAGCGAGCAUUUGCACUGGAUUUGGCCUGAGCUGGCGGAGACUCUCAGGGGUCAAUAUUCACAUUUCGGUCCUCCUGGUUUGAAGCGAAUGGUUUUAAAUCUCUUCGAGUGAGUUGUCGAAGUCAUCGGAGAGGAUGGCAGAGGGAGGUUUUGACCUCUGUGAGUGCAUCUGCUCUCAUGAACAUGCCAUGAGGAGACUCAUCAGCCUGCUGAGGCAGUCCCAGGCCUACUGUACAGACACAGAGUGCCUUCAGGACAUGCCAGGCCCCAACUCCUCGGUAGAAGGGGACAUCACUCUACCCAUGAUUAUUAUGGGAUGGCUAGUUCUAGCUCUCAUGCUCUUCUUGUUCCGCCCAGCCAGCUUGAGAGGUCCUUCAGCCAGCAGCAAGCCCUCCGGUCCCCAUGGUAAUCAUGGCAGAGAACCACCAGCACCUCCUGUGGACUAGAGAUUCCAGUUUCUUUAGUCCGAUGAGGGGGUCUGAUCUACACAGCCACUUGGAUAACAAGGUGUUUCUACAUGUUACAUUUCAAAAGAGGAAGCAAAUAGAGAAAGUUGCCCUAGUGGUGAAAGUGCUGUAUUGUAGGAGUCUAAAUUUUCCCGGAUUUAUAUAUCUGUCUUAAAUUUUUUUCUUCUUAUUAUUAUAUUUUUCUUCUAAAGCAUUAUUAGGUAUUUAACAAGUUGUUAAAAUGACAUAUAGGCCUAUAUAAUGACAUUUGCCCUAGAUCAGCCUGAAUAUGAAUUGUGAUCUAAAGGAAAGGUUACCUAGAAAUUGGGUGUUGUCAAACGAUUUGGGUUAUUUUUGAGUAGACUGAGGUGAAGAGGAAAAUGUUUCUUGUUCUGUGGUAGCCAAUACAUUCCAAAGCUAUGAUGACUUCACAGACAUGAUGUCAUUGGUCCAUGGAGGAGAAUGAGCCUUGACUGCAUUGAGUCAUUCUAAACACAGAUGCAAUUGAAAUGACUUAAGGUUGACCAAGACCACUUCUUAAGUAAAAUUUUUGUGCAAGAGGAAAUGAUGAAAUGGGCGUAUUCCAGUUGGCUCUUAUCACUUUUGACGUCAUGGCUGUGUGGAUGUUGUCAUGGUCUGGGAUCUGUUGACCACCGAGAGGUGGCUGAUCUAAGGCAGACCUCUCCACCCUGAAGACUUUGACAAUCUAUUUACCCUUUGUGUAUAAAAAUCGCUAGAGCAAUUGCUAGCAUAGCUACUUGAAUGCCAUUCUUUGGUCUCAGUUUUUCUGCAUUUGCUCAGGAAUCAUUAUGUAGCUAUACUAACUAAAACAGUUAGUCAAAUGGUAUGGGUAGCUGUCAAAUUUCAGUGGUGAAAAUCUAAAAACAAUGUAAUCUUUCAAAAUAAGAAAAAAAUAAGAAGAUAAAUUGGGUACUAAGGAAUUUUGGGAAUAUUUGUGAAGAGUGAGAUUGCCUUUUAUGUUAUGCUUAAAGGCAAAUCUUCAAACGGUAGCACUUAGUUGUAGAACCUUUACAGUUGUGUACAGAAUGCAAAGCUCCAGAAAAACACUAAAAAGAGGAUGUAAAUCUGCCCCAUUUCAAGUUUGGUGUAACUUACUCAAACUUCCUGUCUCUUCAGUUCUGUGAGAACGUUAGAAUGUCUUGUACAACUUGGUGCAGUUGGUUGGACUAAUGAUUUCUGGGUAGAUCAGUUAAGGUGCUGGUGUGGAUUUCAGGGCAUGUAAAUUCUAUGUAUGUACACUGUUCUAAUGAAACUGCUCUAUGACAAAGGGCUUGAUCUAUGCACUUUUGGUUACUACAAAUAAAUACGAACAAUAGCA